AUGAGUGAAAAAGAAUAUACCAAGGACCAAGAGGAACUAGUCGUCAAGCUUCUUCGUAUAGAUCGUACAGAUUACUAUAAAAUAUUGUUCGUGGAAAAAAAUGCCACGGAUGUUGAGAUCAAAAAAUCGUAUAGAAAACUUGCCAUCAAACUUCACCCCGAUAAGAAUAAACAUCCAAACUCUGCCGAAGCUUUCAAGAAGAUUGCAAAAGCUUUUGAAGUACUGAGUGACGAGGGUAAGAGAAGGAUAUAUGACCAGACCGGUCAAGAUCCCGACUCAAGAGGAGGUGGUGGUGGAGGUGCGGCUCCCACAGCCAAUGGAUUUCCCGCCGGUUUUGGUUCCGGCCAAUUUAGAGGAGCCCAAAUGCCUCAAGGUUUCGAAGAUGACAUAUUCAGGAUGUUCUUUGGAAAUGGGAUGGGUAGAGCUGGUGGGCCGCAACCUAGAGUUUUCACGUUUGGUGGAAACGGGUUUUUCCCCUUUGAAGAAGUUCCAAGAAGGCGACCAAGAGCUCAACAACAGCAGCAACAGCAAAGACAACAACAGCCGUUCUUUGAACAAAUCAAACAGUUACUCCCCAUUCUGCUGGUGUUUGUGCUCCCCAUGCUAUCCAAUCUGCUCACCCAACGUGAUUCCACCUCGUAUCCAAAUUUCAAAAUGCAAAGGAAAGACCCAUAUACAGUACAAAGAGCUACUCCAAACUUCCACAUCCCUUUUUAUAUCACCAAAGACUCUUAUAAAUCUUUAAAGGAGGGUCACAAACUCAGCAAGUUUGACAAGUUUGUGGAAAACUACCAUAUCAGCUCUCUUAGAGACUCUUGUGAGCGGGAGCAGAAUCACAAGAACAGACUUAUUGAUGAGAGCAGAGGCUUUUUCUUCACAAAUUACGAACAAUUGGAACAAGCUGAAAAAUUUCCUUUGCCUCACUGUGAUCGACUCCACGAAAUGGGAUUACUAUAA